AUGCAAUUGAUUGCGGCAAUAUUUUGCAUACUUCUCGCCGUCAUCGGCUUCAAAUCCUUACACCUCUUCGCGACGUCUAAUGGAUUGUUAGGACACUUGGAACGCAUAAUCACCAAUAAAUCUACCCCGGCGGGAAGACCGCUACGUAAUCUGACCACUGGCGGUCGUUUCCCACGAAUCGAUCUUCAGCUCAAUGCGGUUGCUACGUUCCUUCUGCUCUCCUGUGAGGAUUACUCAGAGCCAGAUGUGAAUCUUGUAGGCUUCUGGUUUGAUCUAUCAUGGGGUCCUUCGUGGAUAUUGAUUGUAUUGGAGAGUUUCAGGGAGUACAGUCAAAGCCGACUGAUGUCCUGGAUCGCAAUCCCGGGGCUCUUCAUCUUCAACCAGUCACAUGCUGUGUUUACCUCCCUUUAUCUGGCAAUCAGAUUACUCGUUGCAGUUCCGGCGACUACAGAAGAAAGUCUGAUGAUUGAUGCCAUCCACGUCCAUGCGAUUCCCUGGAGCUUCCUAUUGGGUUAUAUCCUGCCAAUAUCUCUCAUGGCGCUGCCCGGAGUAUCCAUAUACAAUUUCAAUACACAACACAUGCUCGCAUCAUUUUAUCAGCAGUGGCAUCUUUACAUUAGUAUGGUGCAUAUUCUACUGGUGACAUUAUGGACCCAUACCGAAACGAUAGGCAGAUUGGAGGACGGAGAUUUGAAGACCUCAUUGUCCACAGUCAAGCCAGUUUACGCUUUAGCCUUCGCCAUGUCUGUUAUCUCAGUUUGGAUUCCGAUCCUUGUAUCUUUCGCCAUCCGUACGUUACAGCGGAUCCGUAAAGCACGUCCGUUUAACCACAAGAAUCUCCAGCUUUCUAGUAUAUUCAUCCCACCUUCGCCAUGGAGCAAUGCGAAAUGCAAAAAUGCAUUCGAGGGAGGAAAAUGGCUUCUGCAAUGGGACGGUAUAGUUGGAGGGCUUAGUACCGCAGUUUGGGCAGUCGCCUUGUACGCUGAAGCUCGUAGUGCGGUCGAGCCACAGGAGGGUUUAGGUUCAUUUUGCACGAGGCUCAUGUGGUAUAUGGUCUUAGGUGGACCGAUUGGUGUUGCAACGGGGGCUUUAUGGGAAAGAGACAUGCUCUUGCUGUAG